UCCGCUCAAAAGCCACGGCCACCACCCAAAUUCUACUCGAAUCAAAGCCUUCUUCUUGGUGUCUACGGCUCUAUGGGCAUUGAGUAGGACAAGCAGCGCAGGCCAAAAGCCAUUUCAAUUUCUACACCAAAUUUAUUCUUCCAAAUUUGCCACCUCAUUUGACACGCCCGCCACUACCACUUCCAUUACCAUUACCUCCCGAAAAUCGUAUAUAUAACCCUUUCAAAUUCCCCAUACUCGCCAUCUGUUUCCCUCCUCCGUCCUCCCACCCUCGCCCAACUAGACAUUCCAUUCUUCUCCCUUGCCAUCCAGCUGAUUGGCAGCUGUCUGUCUGAAGCUCAGGCUUUUAAUCGCGGGAACCCGAAAACAUUUAGAUGCUCGGAGAUGUAUACAUGUAUGCAUGUAUAUAUCCUAUGCACGGGAUGGGAUGCAGAUGAUUGAUCUUUUCUUCGUUUGAGUCUAAUAUCUGAUCAUUCUUGCUUCCUUGAUCAAUAAAGAUAUCUUUAGAAUGAACAUCUCACGCUUCUUUACCCAAGUUUGUUCAAGUAUUAUGGCAAGAAGUUGUUAUAUGCAAGGCUAGCUUACUUGGGGCCUAGUGUUCGUUAAAAGCAGAUAUUUCUUGAGUUUGGAAGAAAAGAAGCAAUUAUGUCUGAACCGGGAUCAGAUUAUACUCCAUGGGGUUUAAAUAUUUUUGAUGUAGACCAUAAUUUCACUUCCAAUUACUAUGGGAAUAGCAAUCCAUAUGAUGUAAACAUCUCUUCUGAACAAUAUAUGAGCGACUGCGAUUAUGAUACUACUGGACAUGCCUUGGGAGAUGAAUUCACACGGUUAUCAGUUGGAGACUCUCCUGAAACCUUGCCUAUAAUACAUGAAUACUAUCAAGGCUCCACUGUCAGUGAAGACUGUCACAGUCCAUCAAGGCCCUACUAUUCUGGUUAUAGAUUUGGUCCAGUAGAUAUGGAUGAUGCAGCACCUUCAACUUCCUAUUCUGGUCCUGAAGAUGGAUCUUUUGAUACGGAAAUGUAUUCUUAUGAUUUGGAGAUAACAGAGGAGUCUGAGCUUGAUGGAGAAGUCGGAAAGAGGCUAAACCAAAUGAUUCCUGUUCCUCAUGUUCCUAGAAUUAAUGGAGACAUUCCUUCAGUUCAUGAAGCAACUUCUGAUCACCAAAGGCUGCUGGAUAGAUUGCAGUUAUAUGAUUUGGUAGAGCACAAAGUUCAAGGAGAUGGCAACUGUCAGUUUCGGGCUUUAUCAGAUCAAGUUUAUCGUACCCCAGAACACCAUGAAUCUGUCCGGCAGCAAGUUGCCAGUCAGCUUCAAGCUCACCCAGAGAUGUACGAGGGAUAUGUUCCUAUGGAGUAUAGUGAAUAUAUAAACAGGAUGUCCAAGAAUGGUGAGUGGGGUGAUCAUGUUACAUUGCAAGCAGCUGCAGAUAUGUAUGGCAUGAAGAUUUUUGUCGUUACUUCAUUUAGAGGCACUUGUUACAUUGAGAUUCUUCCAAAGGUUCAGAAGUCGAAAAGAGUUAUUUGCCUCAGUUUUUGGUCGGAGGUGCACUACAACUCAAUUUAUCCCCAAGGAGAUGUGCUUUUGAGUGAUUUUAAGAAGAAGAAGAAGUGGUGGAGGUUUGGAAACAAGCACUAGAGGAGUUGGACAGUACAAGAUAUACGCAUAUUUGUUAGUGCGAAACUGUCUGGAUGGUUAUAUAGUCGCAGAUGCAAGAUUGACUUCUCUGCUUAUACUGCUAUGAUAUUUAUAUGCAUGUUUAUGCGUUAUCGUAUAGUAUGGUAUAGUUUGUGGUGUGGUAUAGGUCACAUUCAAUCUAUCAUGUGGUGUCUACGUCAUUGACUCUGUGACUAAGAGGUGCGUGCUCUAAAUGCAUGCUAAUUUUCCCAUCCUAGCAUGUUUGGGGCUUAAUAAAGUUGGAUUACGGUGUAAUUCGAUAUAGUAAACGAUGAAAAAUAAUCAAGAUUUAUUUCAACU